AUGUAUAUUCGUGCUUGUGUGAAUUUUCUCUGUUUUAGGAUCUUCUUGCAAAAAAGGGCUACAUACAUGCUUCCUUCUGUUUCUCUCCAAUGCCUUUUGUUGUUGUUGUUGUUGUGUUUGUUAGUUCGUUCUUUGCUAUUCGAGGGAGGGAAAAGAGGAGGUGGUAUGACUGGGGAAUUUGGCACGCCAGGGGAUUUUCCAAGAACGAAGGACAUUGUGAAUGGCGCUUUUGGGUUGGUGAAGGAGUACGGUAAAUUGGUGAGCGAGCUCCCAUGGGAUGACUACGACUAUCACAUGGCUUUCCCCGGGUUUAGGCAGCAGAUAAAGCGACACGGGGAGUCUCUUGUCGAGUUCAUGGAUAAGUGCUGUCAACUGCUUCCCGAGAAACGUCGAACUGACUUUAAAACAGGUGCUGGCACUCUGACGGAACAGCAGCGUUCAGCAGUCUUGGAGGCGGUGGAUUCACUUUUGGAGAACGUUGAUGGGUUGUUAGAUAAUUUGAAAGGGAAGCGGUUGAACGCAACAGACCAGCUAUCUCUAACGUUUGUUUCGGAGCUACAACACUCUUCCUUUGCCGUGGACGGAGGAGGCUGUGUUCUUCGUCCGCAGCUGACGUUUGAACAUCCAGUAGACAACAGUCCCACACCGUUCUGUCCUGUCUACUACGACGAAAAAGGUGAGCGACAUGUGGGACAGCCUGGCAUUCAUCCAUUUGCUGAGUUGAUUAAAAACAUGUCUAUGCCUGAGGAACAGCUGAUUCGUCGUGUAGAAACGCCGUACCUUCCGUUAGCUCAAUGUCCACUUCGUUUUGUGGAUGCCACAGUUGAUUUGGAGGACGUUGUUGCUUUACUUUUGAAGGAAAAGGAGAUUGCUGUGGAUCUGGAGCAUCACAGUUUUUAUUCCUAUCAAGGUUUUACAUGUCUCAUGCAGAUCAGUACUCGGAGUGAAGAUAUUUUGAUUGAUUGUCUUAAACUUCGUUCUUCGAUGCAUCUGUUAGCGCCUGUUUUUUUGAAUCCAAACAUAUUAAAGGUGCUUCAUGGGGCACGCGAAGACAUCCGGUGGCUGCAAAAGGACUUUGGUCUUUACCUUGUGAACUUCUUUGAUACAGGGAUAGCCCUGCAGACGUUGCACAUGCCACACGGUUUAGCCUUUGCUGUGGAUCAUUUCUGUCAAGUGAAACUGGACAAAAAGUAUCAAACGGCAGAUUGGCGUAUUCGACCCAUUCCAGCAGAAAUGGCGACAUACGCACGGCAGGAUACUCAUUUCCUCUUAUACGUAUAUGAUCGGUUGAAGACACUUCUUCUUAACAGCGAGGGACGUGCCUCCAUAGGAAAUUUGCUUGUGCAUGUGCUGAAUGAAAGCCGUCGACUGUCGCUGGAGAUUUACGAGAAACCACAAUUGGAUCCUGAUGCAUCGUAUAAAAUUGCCUUGGGACGGAGUUUAGGUGGACUCUCUUCCAUGCAAAUGAAGGUGGCGCGAGAGAUCUUUAAUUGGCGAGAUGCCAUCGCCAGGGAAGUGGAUGAUUCGCCCCCGGCUGUUCUGCAUCUUUCCGCUGUGUUGGCUAUUGCCACCAAACUUCCCACUUCUGCUAAUGAUGUUCUCAAAUGCUGCACCCCUGUGAGUAUGGUGGUGCGCACCAAUGUGACGAGGCUCGUUCAGAUUGUGAAGGAUUCGCUGGGUGACGAUGCCAUUGCAAAGAAUUCAGAGUCCGACGUUAAGGUUGAGCCCUCAUCGCGUGAAACGGGGCCAAUGCCGCGUAUCGUUGGCGUUCAUUGUCCCAUGACAGGGACUCUUCCGUCCAUAGAACGGCGUCCAGCUCCGGUGUUUUUGAAGGAAGAAGCAGCAGCCUUGCGGAGUACAGAACCUUCUGCGUGGUUUAAUGCGAUGCGCAGCGUUGCUGCCGUCCUUCGAAAUAAGCGACUGCCAACUGUCGCACUACCCGGCCAGGAGGUGGUGGAAACAUUAAUGCGGGCAAAGACAGUGGAGAAACAGCUACGAGAUGCCCUGGAGACAAGGGAGAAAUAUGAUACUACGCGUACUUUGUCAGAUGUAAAAAAAUAUGGUGUUAGCCGCCACGGUGAGGAUGAGGAGGAAAUUGCAGUGAGGGAAGAAGAGGACACGGCCGCUGAGAAUGAAGACGGGGGUGAAAAGGAUGGCAAGGCAGAAGCAAACGGUGAGGAUGUAUCUAAGAGGGCGGGGAUGAAAUUAGAAGAGAAGGCUGUUGCGCUUCGACAGGUUUACGGUACGGGGGGCGCGAAUCGCAAAAGAGCCAGGAUGGAGAAGAACAAGCGGUACAGUGGCUCAUAA